UUUUUCGUCUCCUCGCCCUGAAGCAGGCUUUGUCCCACCCUCGUCACUCCCUCAUUUCCGUCCUGCACACUCUUCUCUGACCUUGAUUUAUUUUGCCUAAACGCUUCAGCCCAAUCUACAUCGGCCCACGCCUACCCUCACCCCGCGACGACCUCACUCAACUCCCGCACGCCCAUCAUGGCCAACGAGAAAGACUAUGCCCAUGUCUCCACUGAUGUUGAGGAGAAGCGAGAUCAGAUGCUCGAAGUGGAACUCGAGAAGGAGGAUAAACAGGAGGCCCUGCCUUCACCGGUCUCUGCCCAGACACAACGCUCGAAGCCCAAGCUCUCCGCGGCAGCCAUCAUCCCUGUCUGGAUCGUGCUUAGCUCGUCUGUGAUUAUCUACAAUAACUAUCUGUACAACACCCUCGAUUUCAAGUUUCCAGUCUUUCUGGUUACCUGGCAUCUGACCUUUGCGGCCAUUGGAACUCGAGUUCUUCAACGAACGACAUCUCUUCUUGACGGCGCAAAGGAUGUUCGCAUCUCCAAGGAUAUGUUCCUGCGGUCUAUCCUACCCAUAGGUCUACUUUUCAGCGCGUCUUUAAUCCUCAGCAACACAGCGUAUCUGUAUCUCAGCGUGGCUUACAUCCAAAUGCUCAAGGCGUUCACUCCCGUUGCUAUUCUCCUCAUCUCUUGGACGUUCAAGCUGCAAGAUCCUAACAAGAAGCUCGCAGUGAUUAUCUUGAUGAUCUCCUGUGGCGUUGCUCUCGCGUCCAAGGGCGAGCUGCGGUUCGACCCCAUCGGUUUCCUUACUCAGGCAGCUGCAGUCGCGUUCGAGGCUUCCCGCCUGGUGAUGAUCCAGAUUCUUUUGCACGGCCUCAAGAUGGACCCUCUCGUCUCGUUGCACUACUAUGCACCGGUCUGUGCGCUGAUCAAUCUCCUGGUCAUUCCCUUCACGGAGGGUCUCGCUCCGUUCAUGGAGGUCAUGCGGGUCGGUCCGUGGAUUCUCGUAAGCAACGCUUGCGUCGCCUUCCUGCUCAACAUCGCCGCUGUGUUCCUUGUUGGCGCUGGAAGUGGUCUCGUCCUCACGCUCGCUGGUGUCUUCAAGGACAUUCUACUGAUCACGGGCUCUGUCCUCAUCUUCGGCAGCCUUAUCACUCCGCUUCAAGUAAUCGGCUAUUCAAUCGCCCUUGCAGGUCUUAUCCUCUACAAGACUGCGGGCAGCAAGUAGGCAUCGGUCUGGACAAUCCCUACACUCAUCGCGCCCCUCUCAGCUAGAUCUGAUAUCGGUCUCUCGAUGCAUGGACUUUUUGAGGUCCUUCGCAUCGCCUCUAGACUCCUUCCUAGACUAUUAUGGACGCGUGUGUGGGCCCCGUGCUGGGUGUACUCUACGUGCUUUAGCACUGCGACCCUUACUGGCAUAUAGGCUGCCGGUCACCGCGUUGUAGAACCUCCUUGCCUGUUGCACUUGUCCUACAAAAACUCUGCGC